CGUGCGCAAUGCAGCUGCAGGCGGGCUGUUCGCAGUGGCGGGCGGCAGCGUUGGCAGUUCUACUCGCUGUCGUCUUCUACGUACCCGCGACUACAGCGAACAGCUAUCGUCGUCCCGUGGUCCCGGUUAGCGAUCCCAUCGCAAGAGCGGCGCUGGCCGACCUCGCCUACGACGUGGACCAAGUGGCCGUCGUCAACAUCGGGGAUCUGCCAACUCUGAAGUUGGGGUCCAGCCGACAGACGUCCGAGAGAGAGUCGACUGCCAAAGUUGAAGGACCUCGAGUCGAAAACCAAGAGCGAUCUUACGACCCCCACACGGUGGCUUCCAUCCUUCCACCCAUCGUUGCGGCCUAUAGCAGUGGGGGUGGCGGAUAUGGAGGAGGUGGUGGAUAUGGUGGUGGUGGAGGAGGAGGGUAUGGCGGGAGCUCCCACAUAGUAAGCUAUCGUACCUAUGGAGGUGGUGGUCACGGUGGUGGGAGCUAUGGUGGUGGAGAUGGCUAUGGAGAUGGAGGCCAUGGUGGUGGUGGUGGAUACGGUGGACCAGUGGGAGAACAAUUUAUUGUAACGAUAAAAAACAGCGGCGUAGGAUACAGUGGAGGAGAUGGAAAAAAAGGGAAAGGGAAAGGCAAGGGCAAAGGUAAAGGAGGAGGAGGAGGACCAGCUGGAUAUAUCAUCAUCAGUGACGAUGGUGGGUAUGGUGGCGGAGGACAAGGGUAUGGUGGAGGCAGCAGUUAUGGAGGUGGUUACGACGGUUACGAUGAAGGCUACGGAUACAGUAUCGAGGCCUAUGAAAUAUCGGGAGGUAAAGGCAAGGGUAAAGGCAAGGGAGGAGGAGACUACGACGGCUACGGACACACGGGCAAAGGAAUGAAGAAGCAACUCAAGGGAGUCUUCAAAAGUAUAUGGAAGGGCGUGAAGGAGGCGGAGAAGGCAUACAAAAAGGCGUCCAAAGGAGGCAAGAAAGGCGGGGAAAUUGAAACUCAUGAAAUUCAUGAGAUUCACAUCCAACCAAUCGUUCAGGACUACGGCGGUGGUGGUUAUGGUGGAGGAUCCGGAAGUGGCGGAUAUGGCCAUGGCGGCGGAGGAUACGGCGGUGGAGGACAUGGCGGUGGAGGAUAUGGUGGUGGCGGCGGAGGAUAUGGAGGUGGUGGUGGAGGAUAUGGUGGUGGCGGUGGCGGAGGAUAUGGUGGCGGUGGUGGAGGAUACGGAGGCGGCGGAGGAGGAUAUGGAGGUGGUGGACACAGAGGUGGUGGUGGUGGGUAUGGAGGCGGUGGACAUGUUGGAGGAUAUGGUAAAGGUGGGGGAGGUUCUUCAGGACACGGUGGACAUGGAGGUGGUAUUGGCCACGGCAGUCAUGGCGGGUAUGGUAGCAGCGUGGGCUAUGACGACGGUGGCUACGUCGACGGGUACGCGAGGGUAGCCUACAGUCACAGCGCCGCGUACAGCGGGGGCGAAUUAGUUGAUCCCGACGACGAAGGAGAUUACGGCGAUUACAGUCCUGCCUUCACCGGGGAUCAGCCUGAACAUAGGGCGGGACGACACAUCAGAGCUCUGGGCGAUGUAGCAACUUCUCGAGAUGGUGGACAUGGUGGUUUUGACCAUGGAGGAGGGUUUGAUCACGGUCAUGGUGGCUUCGAUCACCAUGGACAUGGGGGUUUUGAUAUCGGACAUGGAGGAGGUUAUGGUCAUGACUUUGGUCACGACGAUCACGGGGGUGGUUAUGGUGGUCACGGCCAUGGAAGUAGUUUUGGUGGUCACAUCGACUUCGGUCAUGGAGGUGGAUACGGAAAGAUAAGUUUCAAACCCGCUCCAUACAAGGGACCUCAGUUGGGACCUUACGACUUCAUCCCGAAAGGUAAAGGAGUUCUCACAAAAUCCGGUAAACUCGGCAAUGACCCAGUAAAAGAGUCACUAAAAGCUCAAUAUCACGGAACUCAUGAAAAGGCCAUCGCCCACUUCGGAGGAUUUGGAGGAGGAGGCAACAGAAAUGGGCCGAGCAUAAAGGGCUACACAUAUUUGGUUGAUCACAUAGACGGGCCCAAAGUCUCGGGUUACGGCCAUUUUGAUGGACACGGUGGACAUGGCCAUGGAGGGUACGGCCAUGGUGGGGGACAUGGGAUCCAUUUCAGUGGAGGACAUGGGGGAGGCUAUGGUCAUGAUAUUGGUCAUGGACAUGGUGGAGGCUAUGGUCACGAUAUUGGUCAUGGACAUGGAGGAUUUGGACAUGGACACGGCGGACAUGGCCAUGGAGGAUAUGGACAUGGAGGUAGUCAUGGACAUGGCGGUGGCUAUGGCGGUGGAAAAGGUAAAGGCAAAGGAAAAGGCAAAGGAUUUGGUUUCAGCAAAGGACACGGGAAAGGCAAGGGCCAUGGUCAUGGCGGUUACGGCAAAAGUUUUCACGAUGAAAAAGGGCACGACGACUUCGACCUCAAUGACCACGGAAAACAUUUUACGCCACACGACAAAACUUUGGACUCCUCAGAUAUCGGGUACGGCAGCCCAAACCACGAGCACAAGACUCCAGUCUACAUACCCAAGCCAGCAGCCUCUUCCGCGCCUGACUUCGAGUACGGUACCUCAAUUCAUUGAUCGGGAAUGAAGGCUGAAUUGGGUACGAAUAUCUUGAUUAGUGUUAGAAAAACUUUGCUUAUUUUGGGAAAUAUUUUAAAGAAGAUUCGUUAAGAAGCUUCUAAAUGAAAUCGAACAUAUUACGUUAGGUUAAUACUGAAUCAUUCGAGAAAAUGUGCACCAAUCGCUACCUAUAGGCAAUUAAUGAAGUCACUUUUUUAUGCCUUCCAUUAAAAAUUCCAUUAUUAAAUUGAAGCUUCGUUUUCAUGUACAAAUGUCUUAAUGGACAGAAUUUUUUAUCAAGAAAUGACUUCUAAAGAAUAAGAAUAAUAAUAUUUUCUUUAUUCUAAAUUACUAAUAAGAAUAAAAUGCACAUAAGAUGCAGUAACACGAUUGGUGGGGUGAACAAGUUACACAGACAAUAAUAUUGAAUAAUAAGUGAAAAAAAUAAUAAAAUGAAGAUGAGAAAACAACGCAAUUGUUUUCUCUGUUGUUAGAAAACAAAAAGUUGUCGAUUGAAAAUUGAAGAGACUGAAGUAAUCCUCCUAUGCAAAAACUCUGAGCUGAAUCUGAAGCCAAUCCCACCAGGCGUUGUUUGCUGUGCAUAUAAACUGUGAUUGCGACAAAUAUUUUUGAUUGCAUAAAAAUUUUCACUAUAAUAUUAGUGACAUCAAUAAAUAUUUAAUUUAAACCGAGCACUGAAAUUUUCGCCGAACUAUUCUACACCAAAAAUAUUGUCUAUUUCGACCAACUUUUCAGCUCAAAAAUUUAAUCAUUAAAUAAAAUAAAUGUCACACUAGUUACUAGUUGAGUUCGCAAAUUUUUGUUUGGGACUGAAAUGUCGUUGCAUUUUUGUUAAUAAAAGCGCCGGAAAAGUUCAUUGUUCUUACAAGUUUCAAUUGUUAUGUUUUAUCAUGAAUUAUGUUUAAUGUUGAUAAACUCGUGUUUUAAAAUAAACGUUUUAAAAAGU